GGCAGGGUCACAAUGUAUCCUGAAUAAACCUCUUCCCCCAAGAGCAACCAAAGAGAUCUCGCUUGAAUCUGUCCGUGGAAUACAAAUAUACGUCGUUACAGACUGGCGCCCAUCGUCGAAUACGAACCCACGGUGACCUGCAACUGCACCCGUCUGGAUGCUUUCCAGCUUUUCUACCUGUAGGACACCUUUCCAUGGACACUAACUAUAUAACCAGGUAUUUCCUCGCCAUCGUGAUCGCGAGCACGGCAUUCUGCUGCUAGGCAGUAACGAACCGGAGCUCUUUAAAAAGUCCCGAAGCCGUCCUACAGCUCAGCGACUCGUUACAUAGUAGCGAGCUAUUAGAGCCCUUAUACGACUUCUGGCCAUUAUUCUCCGAGCACAAGAGAUCGCCGCGAUUCCGCGGCGACCCAAGGCUUUGUGACGAGACUUGCCGCGCCACGUGGCCACGUACACAAAGCACAGGCGAGCACUGCUUAGCACUGCCCGCGCUGAAGCUCUGGAAAAACCCCGCGGUGACCUCAGCACCGACUGCAGUAAACGUCGGACCCUGACAGAGGAUCCCGCUCCUGCGACACCGAGGUGACCCACCAGAUGAUAAGAUCGAACAUCAGGCGAAUCUACCCAAAAUGGUAUUGGAUGAUGUCAAAAGGAUGGCUCGCAGAGCCUUUUUACAGAUUCAGCCAGCGGGAACUUCCGAAGAAGCAUACAAUCUAGUUACCCAAGGCUCAUCUGAACCAUUCACCACAUUUGUAGACCGGGUAAUUCAAGCUACUGAAAGGCAAUGUGGUGAUGAUUUGGCCCGGCCGAUAAUGAUCCGGGACAUCCUCGAAAAUAAUGCCAACGCCCAAUGCAAACGAAUCAUCAAGGCCCUAGGAAAAGAAAAACCUACAGUGCCUGAGAUGAUUGAAGCGUGCAACUAUGUUGGGAGCCCACAUGACGUGGCAGUCGUCCAAGCACAUGAACCCGAAGAAACCCGGGGAGAUAAACUGGAAAGGGCUCUUGCAGCACAAGCACAACAGGCAGAAGCAAGAGACCAGAGACUUACGGAACUUCUAACUGCCCUGCAUCUCAGCUCCCAACAACAAUACAACACCAUGGCUGUCAUGCAAGCUGCUCUGCCUUUAGGACCCUGCUACCUCUGCAAAAAACCUGGCCACAUUGUAAAGGAUUGCACAGAAGUCAACAAAAGCCCACAAACGCCUGAUUCGUGCACCACCUGCAAAAAAGGAAAACAUAUGCCCUGGCAGUGCCGAUCCAAACAAGAUGCGAGUAGAAGACCUAAUCCAAAAAACUCCAAGGCGAGCGCGCCGCGUCACCGCGUGAUGAAACAAAUGGUGGCCCCCCAAAACCCCGAGGUAAAAUCUGCGAAUAUCCCGGUCCCAAUGCCCUUCGCUGCAUCACCAGCACAAUCCCAGCUAAUGACUCAAACUUACUAUCCCCAGGCACCUGGUGCACUCUGGCGACCUCCAAGCCAACAACCUUCUUAAAGGAUGAUGGCUACGACUAUAUUUCGACAGGAACCACUGGGCCUUCACAACUCCGGCAAGACUUUCUAAUAGUUGGCAAAGAAAGGAACUGCAUCCUGGGGCUACUUGUUCUACCUUGUGUAGUCUCUGCUAACUGCAAUGAAGAACUAUUAGUGUUAGCCAAGGCUUACUACCCCCCAUUGCAUAUUCCACCUAAAACCCCUAUAGCCACUGCCAUUGCACUGCCUAUGGGAGCCAUAGACCAGAUACCACCACGUUGUUUCCCAGUCGCUUCUGAAAACCCCGAGGUCCUAUGGGUUCAACACAUAAGUGACCAAAGACCAAUGCUAACUUGUGAACUAUCAAAUGGCGGGGUUCGAGUCACCAUCAAGGGGAUGAUUGACACGGGGGCAGACGUUUCUGUAAUU